ACUACUGAUAGAACCAUACUAGCAACUGAUGUAAUCAGACUGGAUACUAACGUAAUCAGACUGGCUACUGAUGGAACUAUACUAGCUACUGAUGGAACCAUACUAGCUACUGAUGGAACCAUACUAGCAACUGAUGUAAUCAGACUGGAUACUAAUGUAAUCAGACUGGCUACUGAUGGAACUAUACUAGCUACUGAUGGAACCAUACUAGAAACUGAUGUAAUCAGACUGGAUACUAACGUAAUCAGGCUGGCUACUGACAGAACUAUACUAGCAACUGAUGUAAUCAGAUUGGAUACUAAUGUAAUCAGGCUGGCUACUGAUAGAACCAUACUAGCAACUGAUGUAAUCAGAUUGGAUACUAACAUAAUCAGGCUGGCUACUAACGUAAUCAGGCUGCCUAAUGAUGUAACCAUACUGACUGAUGAUGUAAUCAGACUGGAUACUGAUGUAACCAGACUGGCUACUGAUACAAACAUACUGGCUACUGAUGUAACCAUAUUGGUAACUUAUGUAACCAUACUGGCUGAUGGUGUAAUCAGACUGGAUACUGUUGUAACCAGACUGGCUACUGAUACAAACAUACUGGCUACUGAUGUAACCAUAUUGGUAACUGAUGUAACAAUACUGGCUACUGAUGUAACCAUAAUGGCUACUGAUGUAACCAUACUGGCUACUGAUGUAACCAAUAAUGGCUACUGA